AUGAGCGCUACAGUGAGCGCUGAAGAAUUCCUGGCUAAUGUUGAAGGCGGCAUCGUGCCAGUGACUUGCCAUGAAGAUGUCUUGCGGAUCGCAUUCAUCUAUCUAGACGAGGGGCUGUGGACCGGCAACGGGGUGUUCGAUGUUGUGGAGAAGCUGCACGCGCAUUCCUGGUCCUUUGGUGAGGGUGAGUUACGCUUUAAUCGUACCCUGGAUAUAUUCUACCUCGUACAGCUAGCAGCAGCUAUCUACCGCUAUUCCUCCCAACUGGAAGGUGACUUCCCCUCCUUCUCUGAUUUCCCUACCUUAUACACAGCCCACCACGCCCUACUGCACUCCUCCGCCUGGCGCUCCUACUACUCCACUCCCUUCCUCACCCAGCGCACCACAGCGCGCUUCUACCGCCUGCCUGACCUCCAGGACCUCCCCGACUCCUCCUCACCGCUAUGCCAGCCGCGCCACAGUCCGGUAUCCGCACACGCCCUGAAACUCUCCCGCUGGGCCUACACUGUCGGGUGCACGCGCCGCAGACAGCCCUUUCUACCAUUUGUGACUCUUACUACAGUAGCCCUUAGCUCGCUAGAGGCAACCAUACCACGCCUACAAACGGCCUACCCUAGCGUACCACCUUAUUCGGAAUCACAUGCGCGCUUCUGGCUUGACUAUUUUAUUCCUGAUCCAUCUCUAUCUUACUUGGCUAAGGUAACUUCCCGGGAGAUAUGGGGGCCCGAUAGCUUUGGGAUAUUGGUCGCACAGGGAAAGUAUGAUAUACACGGGUUGGAAGCAGAGUACCUCGCAGAGGCAUCGGGGGGAGAGGUUGCUGAGGGAUAUGGUGAGUCGGAGCAGGUGACAUGGUGCGGGUUACCGGAUGGAGGGAUUGGAGAGCAGGCGUGGUGGAGGGGGUGUGAGGAAGAGGCCGGGAGUGAGGAGGUAGUGGAGUUCCUAGCCGCUGUUGCAGUGGAGGAGACAGUUAGACUAGGACUAGAAGGAAUCGAGAUGGAUGAGUUGGACUUGUCAAUCCGGUCACAUAUACUACUAGCGGUCAUGCAGGCUGCGGUGAAGAACAGGCAGGAGAGAGAGCUUUUCCUGGGGGAGCUAGAGAGGCGGAUGGUGCAGAAGGGGAGAAUUGGGAAGGAGAAGGCAGGGAGGUGGGUUAGGGAGGCCUUGGGGAUCAUGGAGCCGUAUGUACGCGUAUGGCAGGGCGUGUGGCCUGGUGUAGAGGAGAGGGGGGAGAUGCUGCGGCGGAUCUUGGUGGAGAAUACGCAGCUCCUUGCACGCUGGCGGGUGUCACCUCUUUCGAAGCAGUUCACUUUUGAGCUGGGGCCGAGGGAUUAA